ACCUGUAAACAUGACUGGAAGAGGUAAAGGAGGAAAAGGUCUAGGAAAAGGAGGCGCUAAGCGUCAUCGUAAGAUCCUUCGGGAUAACAUCCAGGGAAUUACCAAGCCCGCCAUCCGUCGUCUUGCUCGYCGUGGUGGAGUCAAGCGUAUUUCUGGCUUGAUCUACGAAGAGACCCGWGGYGUCCUUAAAGUUUUCCUUGAGAACGUGAUCCGUGAUGCUGUCACCUACACCGAGCACGCCAAGAGAAAGACYGUCACUGCCAUGGACGUCGUCUACGCUUUGAAACGCCAAGGACGUACUCUGUACGCUAACAAGAAAAUGCCGCCAAAACCCGCUGGAGGAAAGAAAGGUGAAAAGAAAGCCGGCAAGAAGGCCGCGCUUGGWGACAAGAAGAAGAGGUCACGAAGAAGAAAGGAAACCUACUCCAUCUACAUCUACAAAGUCAUGAAACAAGUCCAUCCCGACACCGGUAUCUCAAGCAAAGCCAUGUCCAUCAUGAACUCGUUUGUUCAGGAUGUCUUCGAGCGCAUCGCUGGUGAAGCUUCCCGCCUCGCUCACUACAACAAGAAGUCAACCAUCACAUCUCGUGAGAUUCAGACCGCUGUUCGUCUUCUUCUUCCCGGUGAAUUAGCCAAGCACGCCGUCAGUGAAGGCACCAAGGCUGUCACCAAGUACACCAGCAGCAAGUAAACAGUUUUCUGUUUGCUUACAAAACAACGGCUCUUUUAGGAGCCACCCACAUGAAUCGAAAGAUCAUGACCAAAUGCUUUGCCGAAUACUGCUAUUA